CUCUCCUCUCCAAAGGCCAAGGGAGAAACUGCAUCCCUUUCUAUCGGUAGAUCUUUUGGUUUCCCUCCUUUCUUUGACCUAGAAAUAUCAUCACAGAUAAGGAGAAAAACCCAUUUGAAUUUAACUCACCAAAUGGUGCCUCACGCCCAAUAUCUCAAUCCUCGGUGUUGCUUCCCUCUUCCUUGCUUCUCCAAAACAUUAUCCUUCUCGGCUGCUUUCCCUGCAACCCAACCAAUAAAAAGAACCCACUUGAAUCUUACGAAGAUAAACCCAGUUGUCAACUUCUCAUUUCAGCCCGUGAGAUGCUCAGUUUCUGUGGUAUCGAAUCCAAUCCAGAAGGAAUUGCUGAAGAAACCCUCUCCAGCUGAAAUUUCCAGGACAAUAAUGGAGUUAUCUUCGGUGGGUAGCCUUUGUACGUCUACUCAACAAGGGUUGCCUUUGUGCAUUGGUGUUCGUUUCGCUGUUGACCCAGAAGGGAUGCCCAUCUUGUGCUUGAAUGCUGAAGAUAGUCAAUUCACUAUUGGCAGCAGCUCUUGUCUCAAUGUCCAGUUAGAGCAGUGCGGAGCACGGAUUUCGCAAUGUUCGCUUCAGGGCAGCCUCACCAAACCCAAAGACAAAAUGGUUUUGAAGGAACUCCGCUCAAUAUGGAAAAAGAGGUUUGAGGAGGAAGUGGAUGAUGAUCUUAUAUAUGUGGUUGCUACAGAACGGGUGCUACAGAUGCAAAAUUUCAUGGAGGUUGGGGAAUGGGUGACCUGGAUGGAGUACAAAAAUGCAAGCCCUGAUCCACUCAGAAACUUUGCAGAAGAGAUUGUGAAUGAAUUCAACACCAAUUUUGUUGGAGAGGUCCUUCGCUUUUGCAACAUUUAUGUGGAUUUGGAAUUCCAGGCCUUGCUGAUGGUAAUGUCGAAGUGGGGCCUCGUCUCUCCGUGUGUUGGCCUGGGUUUGUCCAGGCGGUAGAGGCAAAGUUGAUAUGGGUUGACCGGCUAGGUUUUGAUAUCCAUUUGCUAUCACCCGAAGGAGACACUUUUGAAGUUCGGGUUCCUUUCCCUAGAGAAGUCACAGAUGAGAAGAGCACAAAGUCAUCAUUUA